AUGACACCUGCCAAUGCCGAUGCCUACCUGAAAGCGUGGUGCGACUGUCCUCCUCUGGACAAAGUCGUUUUCUUCGAUGGCAAGAACUACCAGCCCCGUCCCCUGUAUUACAAGAUCAUUACAAAGUACAAAGAGAUUCAUGGGGGCAGUGGUGCCAACACGAAGAAGACUCGAUUGCCAAGAAGGCAGUUUGUUUCCAGAAAGCGGAAAACUGGAUUGAAUGCCUUUGAGAGGCGGCGGCAGGCUGAGCUUGAGGCUGCCGGAUCCCAAACAGGAGAGGAGACUUUGAAUUUGGAAGCCCUGGAUGCUAUUGCGAAAUGCAGUGCAAAGACGAGGCAGACCCAAACUCAGGUCGACCUCCGGGAAGCUGUGAAGAAGCUGCAGGCAGACCUUUGGCGGGACUUCACGUCUGGGCCCCUCUGUGGGACGGCCCAGAAGCUCAAGCAGCACGAGAAGGAACAUCUUGAGAACAAGGAGAAGUUGGGCCGGCUGGAGCAAAGGCAUUUGCAGGAGCAGCAUGUUACCCUGCCUCCUGGCUUUUGUGCUUUCGUCGUUCUUGGUGGCUGCAAGGAGGCGAAGACCCGUGUCAAAAAGCAAUUGCUUCGCCUUGGGGUCUGUGGCUCUGUUUAUGGUGGCUCUGACUUCCUGAACUAUAUCUCCGAGGAGAAGCUGCUUGCCAAGGUCGGCCCAAAUCACUUCGUCUACAUCUGCUGUGAUAGUGAUAGUUUCCUCCGGACCAUCCAUCCGUCAGUGCCAGAGGAUGACGACAUGAAGGAGGGAUGCAUCAGCCUCGCAAUCCGCGUCUUGGGCGGGUUCGUGGGGACGGAACAGUGGGUUAACCAUGCGGCGAAACGGCCGCACGAGCCGCCGGCCCCCAUCUUGCGGCUGCUCCCGGCCUAUGAACAGAACAUCCAGUUCUAUAUGUCGGACAAGGUUCACGAGAAGCUGAAGGGCAUCGUGGUUCAUCUGCAGAAUGCCUUGACCGAGAGCAUCCUAGCCCCCAACGUGCGGUGGAUGAUGAGAGAGAAGAGAACGCUUCUGUGUUCUGGCGGCAAGAAGUUCAGAAAAAGUGUGCAGGAGGCCACUCGGAAAAAGCUCGUCAAGAAGGGCGUGGCCGGAACAUUAGUGUCCAUCAAAGACUUCUUUCGUGUCCUGACCAAGGCACUUUGGAUCAAUAUGGGCAAACCACGUACCUCUGGUGGUGGCAAGCCAGCGAAGAAGCUGGCCAAGACCAAGGCCGACGACACGGAGCAGCUUCAGGACGACCAACAUUUGUGGACAGCGAUCCGGGAAAGCAUCGGUGUCAUCCGUGCUGCGAAUGCCUGGCCGGAAGCAGGCUCCGACCCGUUGCCUGCCGAGGGCCUGAUGCCCUUGGGUCCUAACUGGGAUGGAUCCAUGGUCAAGGACGACCAAGAGCAGCAGACGCGAGGGUGUGGAGUGCUCGGUGACCUGAACUGGGAACGAGCCGGCCCGGGCUGCGUUCUGUCGUGGGGCGAUAUGUGCGAUGCACGAGAUUUCCAUCUCAGAAAGGACCACAUUGACCCUUUGCCGUGCACCAUGGUUCUCUGCCAGGCGGAGACCAAGAGGGGAGAGCUCACUCCAACGAGCCACUUGCCGCACUUGGCGGCCUUCGUCAUCGAAUGGGCCCACCUGCUGGAAACCGAUGACCCCAAGAAGGACGUGUUCGCGAAGCGAGCGCGAGCCCUGCCUUUGCUCUUCGUGCGCUGCUCUCCUGACAGUGCGGAUGCUUUCUGGGAAUCUCACAAGAGAGGAGAAACGGUGCAAGCCGCAUCUUUCCAGGCAAGUGUCAGCUCCGAAGACAAGGUGGCAAAAUUGCUCAGGCUCAGAAAGCGAUGCCAGGAGGCCAACUGCUGGGAGUUCCUGAAGAGUAUGCAGUUCUUCAACAACAGCCCGACGUGGGCGAGCCGGUGGUCGGUAGUAACUCGGGUUCUGGGGAUUGCGAGCAGUCCCGACGAGUUCGGACAGCUGUAUAUCGGGAUGAAGGGCGACAACCCGGCACAAACUUUCCGAGUUGCCGUCAACGAGAUGAGCCGCGACAACCUGCUGGACACGUUUCAGGCUUUGGUUUGCACCCGCCAAUGCAUGCAGGCAAUCAUAGAGUCGACGACGGAGAGGGAAAAAUCUUCGGAGUGGAGAGACCUCCUUUCCACCUACGUGAAUCCGGAAAGCCUCAAGCUUUCGGGUGGCGGCUUCGCCGACAUCCACCAAGAAGCCUUCUUAGGCAAAACCGCCGAACAGGCAGCCGUCCUGCUUUUGCUGAAGCAGUUCUUGGACUUGGACUGUUUGCCAACCAUGUAUGCCGUGGUGGCUUCUCACGACACUGCUGUGAACCGCUUUUCGGACUCGCGGGUCCAGAACUUGGUGAAAAAAACAAUCGAGGAGCACAAUGCCGUGCAUCUGACGCCGCUCCCUCCGGUUGCUGCCCUGCCUGAUGCUGAGGAGAUUUUGAAAGAGAUGUCAGCUGACUGGGACGACAAGGAUGUGUCUGGGCCCGCCGCAGAGCCUGCCGCCCCUCCUCCAAAACCCAAGCCGGCCUCCGACCUCCAGAAGGCUAAGGUCGAGGUGCUGCGGUACUGCAAGUUCGUGGUGGCGGACAUCACCAACCUGAGCAGUGUCCAGACGGCCUUAGCUGACUGUGCCUCCAGCCUUUUGCCGCCCGACGGCGUGACAUCUGCUGGCAAAGUGCGGGGGUGGAUGUUCGACAGUGGUCUCAUCCUUGAACCCUCGGAAGUUUUUUCGCGGAGUCACAACAUCUACUCUCGGGCCAAUGUGGUGAAGAUCUUCGGCUCACAGGCCAAGGAGGACAAGGAUGCCCUGCUGGUCUUCGACGUGGGGUCAAGCCAAGCGAACGGUGAGAUUCGAAAGCAGAUGAACAAGCUCAACGUGCCCAAUGCGACGCUGAAUUCCUUGCUGCUCAUGCCCAGCUCCCAGGAGGACCUUGAGCGGCGAGCCAAGUGUGGGCCCGGUGGCCAGGACACGGCACCGGCGAAAAAGCGAAAGCGGGCCUUCUCCCUGAACACCAUCGUGGGCAAGGAAACCUUGGUCUUCGCAGCGCCUCCGCUGAUUGCACGGGAACACCGCUUCAUCGGCGAAGGCACAGACAGCACCUGCCCCUGGCUUCCGAUUCCUUUGCCAGACCCCGCACAGCUGCCGAUGGUCGAAAAGAAAAUCAAAAGCCAGAUCAUGCUGACCAUGAAUGAGAAGAAGGAGGUCGUCCCGAUCUCGGGUGCCGCCACCAUGGUACCGGAUGAUGUGGGCGAGGAGGAGUUGGUGCCGUUGCACGUCAACGGCAGACACCAGAUCCUCUAUCGGGAGUUGUUUCAUACCUUCCGCUUGCACUCCAUCGUCCUGUGGACACCAGAGACAGCAGCAGUGGUGGCUGCCGUCAAAGACAAGGUGAGCUGCAUCGCAAUCUUACGCAACACAUGUCACAUGCAGUUGCUCAUGAACUCCGUCGUGGAGGAGUUGGCGAAGGACACUGCUUUUUCCAACCCGGCUCCCUCGAAUCCCGUGCCAUCAAAUCCGGUGGCGCCUGCCAAAAGCGAAACCACCGGAGAGGGCGGCUCGAACACAAAGCCCAAGGCUGAGAGCGAGCCUAAGAAGGCAAGUGCCGAAAAGGCGUUCCCGCCCAGCGAUGACGACGAGGAUGGGUCCGAUUCUAACGACUCCAACGAGAGCUAA